AUGGCUCUUAAACGUAUUCAGAAAGUGGGUGUUGAUCCUACGAUUGAACUUGCAGAACUUAACAGAGAUCCUCCAGCCGGGAUUAGUGCUGGCCCUACCGAAGAAGAUAUAUUCAAUUGGACAGGCACAAUUUUGGGACCUGCCAAUAGUCCCUACAAAGGGGGCAUCUUUAAGCUCAAGAUUGAAUUUUCUCAGGAUUAUCCAUUCAAACCACCGUCGGUUAAAUUUAUCACUAGGGUAUAUCAUCCAAAUAUUGAUGAUGAUGGGUCAAUUUGUGUGAAUUUGUUGAAGACUGAUGUAUGGAAACCUGCCACCAAAAUCUCUCAAGUUCUCAAGGCUAUCGCAGAUCUUCUCGAAAACCCAAAUCCUGACGAUGCGUUGGUAGCUUCUAUUGCAGAGUAUUUAGAUCAAUGCGUUGUUAAAGAAGAUGACGAUUGGGAUUUAAUAAUGGUUGCGUGUAAUGCUGUAAAUGCGACAGAUGCUGGUGCUAAAGAGGCUGCAAAAUUCAUCCGGAAAAAAAUAGUCAGAAUACAAUUGAUAAAUAUGCAACACAGAAUUCUAACUGUAUUGCAAGCUAUGGCUGAAAAUUGUGGCGCAAAGUUUCAUGCCGAAAUCGCUUCCAAAAAAUUCCUUGAAGCAUUAGAACAAGUAGUAGUGACGCCGAAUGCUGAUCCUGACGUUAAGCAUAAGCUUGUUGAGUUAUUAAGUAAUUGGACCAAAGCGUUCCAAGACGAGCCUAGUUUAUGGCAAAUCUCUAGUCUUUAUAACAAGUUAAAGAAAAUGAAAGUAAUACCAAUGGGUGAAUACCAAAAUAAUCCUAUUGUAAACCCUAGAAGAGUGGUAUAUGUUUCCCAUUUCUUUAAUACAUCAUUGGACAAAGUCGCUGAGGAUAUUGAGCUUGCAAAAAAUAAUGUGCAAUUGUUCACGCAAACUAUUUCGUUUACUGAUCCAGAAGCGGAAGACAUCACUAAAAAUGAAUUGAUCCAGGAGUUUCACGCAAAAUGUCAAUCCCUGCUUCAAAAUAUUAAUCGUUACAUAAAUGAAGUACAAGAUGAACAUUGGUUGGAUACACUUAUUUCGGUAAAUCAGGAGCUUGUAAAAGCAUUCCAAUUAUAUGGAGAUAUGGUCGAACGAGGACAAAUUCGAGCAGCUGAAAAGAUCUCUGUGCAAUCUUCAAGAAAUAACUAUUAUGAUAAUUACUUUGAUGCAGACGAUGCUGGGGUUGGCGGCAGUAAAUCAAUCGCGAUUGAUCCGUUUGCGGAUUAUAACGAAGUGGAACAAAUUCCUGUAACUUCUAGCCAAAGUGAAAGGCGUCGGGGUAAAGUACCAGUAUCCAUAUAUAAUGAUGAUGAUCUGUUCAAAGACGAUCCAAAUGGAUUAUCAAACCAACAAUAUUCUAGUUUAGUAGCUCCUUUACAACCUACUAAAUAUCAUCCACCUAACGUUACUGAUAAUGGACGACAGGACCAUAUGAGCAUUUGA